AUGUGGCCGGCGAAGAGCCAUGAAGGGCGUCUGACGAGUUUGACAAAAGGGCGAGAGGAGAAGACGGUGUGUUUUAGUCCAGGGACGCUCAGAGCACCUGCAUCAUCAUCCAUAUUGGGCAUGCACCUCAUCAGCAGGGCAGGCACGCAGGCUAGGGCAGUGUGUGUGUCGAGUCGCAACUGCCAGACAGACCAGAGUGUGAGUGCCAGUGCCAGUGCCAGUGCCAAUGCUUCUUGCCCCACCCACUCCCGUUCAUCAAACAAUCUGGUGUCCAUGUCUGUCCGUUGUCAAGCUGGCGUCAACACCUGUCUGGGUCCGUCAGUCAGCAUGCACACCCACCCACCACCACCAUCAUCACCACCACCAGCUGCAGCGGCAGCGGCAGCUGUCGACAGCUCUUUACCCCAGGUCAAUACUCGCCCCCGCAUUAAUAGUCGAUGA